ACCUAACUAACCCAGUUUCUCUGACACUUCAUAUCUUCUCGUGUGGACACAAAUUGGAAUUGGAAUUGAAAUUCCCCACUACUUUUUCAAUGCCAUAUGCUGCAAACCCUUCACUUUUCACUUCUUUUCUAGCUCUCAUUUGAUAUUCCCAAUCUCCUCUCUGUUUCUAUUUCUUUGAAUGGUUUUUCGUUGCUUCACACUAUGGCUUCUUGGUGGGAUUUAAGACCCUUCUUUCGUUUUCAAUCUGUUAGGACCCGAUUUCAGCUUUGUUUAACUUUAACGCAUAUCCGUUGUAUCUAUGAAAACACAAAAAAAGGACCAAAAGUUUUCAACAGACAAAGCAAAAUCAGGGUAUUUUCAUGGAAUUUUUCCCUGAUAUUGCUUUCUUUGGAGUUACCUAGGAUUUAUCAAGCAGGAGGAUGGGGAUCUCUGCUGUUACUGGUGCUCACUUUUCAUCCAUUAAUUUUCCAUUGAUAGACACAAAGAAUGAAGAGGAAUUCAGGACGAGGGAAGUCCAACUUGGUUCACAUACUGUGAGUUCUCAUGGAUAUGCAGUUGCAAGAACACACAAACAUGAUUGGCUCAUUCUCUUGCUCCUCGUGUUGAUUGUUAUCAGCCUGUACAUUAUCCAUCCUUUCCAUCGCUUUGUUGGGAAGGAUAUGAUGACUGAUCUCAAAUAUCCACUGAAGAGUAAUACAGUUCCUGCCUGGGCUAUUCCUAUAUAUGCAAUUUUAUUGCCCAUAGUGAUCUUUCUUGGUGUCUACAUCCGAAGGAGAGACGUCUAUGAUCUUCAUCAUGCUGUGCUGGGUUUAUUGUUCUCCGUUUUAAUAACAGCAGUAUUUACUGAGGCAAUAAAAAAUGCAGUAGGUCGACCUCGACCAGACUUCUUCUGGCGAUGUUUUCCAGAUGGAAAGGAUGUUUAUGAUAAAUGGGGAGAUGUCAUUUGUCAUGGUGACCAAAAGGUCAUAAAGGAAGGAUACAAGAGUUUCCCAAGCGGUCAUACUUCAGGGUCAUUUUCUGGUCUGGGUUUUUUAUCAUUGUACUUAUCUGGAAAAAUAAAAGCAUUUGAUCGCAAAGGUCAUGUUGCAAAACUUUGCAUUGUUUUUCUACCACUACUUGUUGCAUCACUUGUUGGCAUUUCUCGAGUUGAUGACUACUGGCACCACUGGCAAGACGUGUUUGCGGGAGGUCUUUUAGGGCUUACAGUGGCUACAUUUUGCUAUUUGCAGUUUUUUCCUCCUCCUUAUCAUUCUGAAGGCUGGGGUCCUUAUGCGUAUUUUAGGAUGUUGGAAGAAUCUCGUGGUAUGACCCAAGUUCCUAGUGUUCAAAAUUCUGGUCAAGCGCAGUUAGCAGAGGCUCAGGCUGAGAGCCAAGAGGAACAAGGUUUCCAUGGGUGUAUGGGGUUAACUUUAUCACGGGAUCAUAAUGCAGCAUUGAAUGACUUUGAAUCUGGGAGGGGAUAAAGUCUGUACAUUUCAUGAUCUUGCUCUUUGUAAAAUGUAAAUCAGAUGUUAGUUCGUAGCCUAGGAUUUUAACCAGUAUUUAAAACUAACACAUUUUGUUGAAUAGUUGUUUCUAUUCAGUCACUAGUGUCUCUGAAAACUUUGAAGCGUAGUUGUUUGUAAGAGUCAGGUUUGGAACAAUUAAACUUUGUUAUUUCAAUAUUUUGUGAAUAUGUUGACAUAAGAAAAUACGAAAUCACUUGAGAAGAUUGCCGUUCAUUCAAACA